AUGGCCCCCGCCGUCGGUAUCGAUCUGGGUACCACCUACUCCUGUGUGGGUGUGUUCCGUGAUGACCGCAUUGAGAUCAUUGCCAAUGACCAGGGUAACCGUACUACCCCCUCGUUCGUUGCCUUCACCGACUCCGAGCGUCUCAUCGGUGAUGCCGCCAAGAACCAGGUCGCCAUGAACCCCCACAACACUGUCUUCGACGCCAAGCGUCUCAUUGGUCGUCGUUUUGCCGAUGCUGAGGUCCAGGCCGAUAUGAAGCACUGGCCCUUCAAGGUCGUCGACAAGGCCACCAAGCCCAUCCUCGAGGUUGACUUCAAGGGUGAGACCAAGCAGUUCACUCCCGAGGAGAUCUCCUCCAUGAUCCUCACCAAGAUGCGUGAGACCGCUGAGGCUUACCUCGGUGGCACCGUCAACAACGCUGUCAUCACUGUCCCCGCCUACUUCAACGACUCUCAGCGUCAGGCUACCAAGGACGCCGGUCUCAUUGCCGGUCUUAACGUCCUCCGUAUCAUCAACGAGCCCACUGCUGCUGCCAUUGCCUACGGUCUUGACAAGAAGCAGGAGGGUGAGCGCAACGUCCUCAUCUUCGAUCUCGGUGGUGGUACCUUCGAUGUGUCUCUCUUGACCAUUGAGGAGGGUAUCUUCGAGGUCAAGGCCACCGCUGGUGACACUCACCUUGGUGGUGAGGACUUCGACAACCGUCUCGUCAACCACUUCGUCAACGAAUUCAAGCGCAAGCACAAGAAGGACCUGACCACCAACGCUCGCGCUCUCCGCCGUCUCCGCACUGCUUGCGAGCGUGCCAAGCGCACCCUGUCCUCUGCUGCUCAGACCUCCAUCGAGAUCGACUCUCUGUUCGAGGGAAUUGACUUCUACACUUCCAUCACCCGUGCCCGUUUCGAGGAGCUCUGCCAGGACCUCUUCCGCGGCACCAUGGAGCCCGUUGAGCGUGUCCUCCGUGACGCCAAGAUCGACAAGGCCUCCGUCCACGAGAUUGUCCUCGUCGGUGGUUCCACCCGUAUCCCCAAGAUUCAGAAGCUCGUCUCCGACUUCUUCAACAAGGACCCCAACAAGUCCAUCAACCCCGAUGAGGCCGUUGCCUACGGUGCUGCCGUUCAGGCCGCUAUCCUGUCUGGUGACACUUCCUCCAAGUCCACCAACGAGAUCCUGCUUCUCGAUGUUGCUCCUCUCUCCCUCGGUAUCGAGACUGCUGGUGGUGUCAUGACUGCUCUGAUUAAGCGCAACACCACUAUCCCUACCAAGAAGUCCGAGACCUUCUCUACCUACUCCGACAACCAGCCCGGUGUCCUGAUCCAGGUCUUCGAGGGUGAGCGUGCUCGCACCAAGGACAACAACCUCCUCGGCAAGUUCGAGCUCACUGGCAUUCCCCCCGCUCCCCGUGGUGUUCCCCAGAUUGAGGUCACCUUCGAUCUUGAUGCCAAUGGUAUCAUGAACGUCUCUGCUGUUGAGAAGGGUACCGGAAAGACCCACAAGAUCACCAUCUCUAACGACAAGGGUCGUCUGUCCAAGGAGGAGAUCGAGCGCAUGCUCUCCGAGGCUGAGAAGUACAAGGAGGAGGAUGAAGCCGAGGCUGGCCGUAUCCAGGCCAAGAACGGCCUCGAGUCCUACGCCUACUCCCUCAAGUCCACCAUCAACGAGGGCAAGCUCCCCAUCUCUGAUGAGGACAAGAAGAAGAUCGAGGAGAAGGUCUCCGAGGUCAUCUCUUGGCUCGACAACAACCAGACUGCUGAGAAGGAUGAGUACGAGUCUCAGCAGAAGGAGCUUGAGGCUGUUGCCACUCCCAUCAUGAAGGGUGCCUACGAGUCUGCCGGCGGUGCCCCCGGUGGUGAGACUCACCAGGCCGAUGCCACCGAGGAGGCCGGUCGUGAGCCCGAGGACCUUGACUAA